CCAUGUUACUACCCAGAAGCCCAACUCUGCAGACUACCUAGUUGUCUUGUCCCCAAACAAAGCACACUGUUCCUCCAGUAGAUUCACUUCCCAAAAUUCCAUUUGUCUGUUCUUCCCAUCCAAACAAAAAAGCCACUCGAUCCAGACAAGCACAGACAGAUCACCGCAACUGCUGCCCAUUUGACCAACCAGAUCUUUUUGUUCAUAUUAUCAACCUAAAAGGGUCCUCCUGAAAACAUCCAAAUAAUUGUAACAUGCAGAUUAUUCACUGGCUUCUCAAGGUUGCACAUGAUGAAGCCAGAGACAACCGCAGCAGCAGUAGCAGCAAUGACAAGACCUCUAGCUCCCCCAGUAAGGCCAAUAAUAGUAGCACACAGCAGCAACACGUAGUCUUGUUCAAACAUUGUGGUAGCCAGAGGAGGAGAAGCAGAGGAGCUAAGAAGGACAGCAGGUUUGGUGGUUGGCAGAACUUCAGCAGCCCGUUUGCACUUCUUCUGGGCAGAAAAGAUGUGGCGAAGGCUUGCUUCUAUAGCACGUUGAACCUGAGAAGAGUUGGAAAUAGCUCGAGCAGACGAGAGCGUCGAAUGAUGAUCUCUAUGAAGAUGAAGAAAGAAGAGCUUGACGCGUGUAAGAAGCCGGAUCCAUCUGCUAAUAAUAAUUCCACUGCUGCUGCUCAUCACGUGGGUAACAAGGUUCUACCCAUCAGCAGCAGCGAAGCCAACGCUGCAUUGCCUCCACGGUUUCCAGGGGAAUGCCAGAAGAGAGACGCCAGACAGGUCAAAGGGGACAGCAACAAAACCAAAGCCAUUUCCAGGAUGAAGGAGCUCAUUAGAUGGGCUGCAGCUACCAAAUCUGACAAGAAUGGCAAGUUCCUUGGCCGCAAGGUUCUGGAUCAAUUUCGAAACCGAGGAACACUGAAGGCAAUGCAAGAAGUUUCUGAUCAAACGGGGAAACAACACAACAGCAGUUACAAGUACAAUGAGCAUAGUCACAUCGACUCUCCAAGGUUCAGCUUGAGAUGGGAAGUUGAAAGCUGCUCCACUACAUGCUCAGCAAUGUCCAUGGCUUCUUGCCCUGCCGCGAUCCAAGACAGAAAAGCCAACUGGAUCACCACUGAUUCUGACUUUGUUGUGCUGGAGCUAUGAAGAAGGCUGGGAAGCAGGAAUCCGAGGAAGUAUCAAUUGAUCAACUUGUUGAAUUGAAUUGCAUUCCAGUUAAAGGAACAAAUGGUUCCUUCUUACUCAUUUUUGUUCUUUGUUUUCCCUCUUCGAGGACUCUAUCAAUUCAUUGUAACAUCUAUUAUGAGGAAGCAAGGUGGAUCGAGAAUUCAAUCAUAAAUCUUUUCUUGCAAU